ACAAAUACGUCACCAGGAUAUUGUCGACAUUCGCCAUAUUUGUUGUUGUUUUGAGAAAGACAUUACUGACUUUGGUUUGUUUUGGACCAGAAAAUUGUGAAAACCAUGUCGUCUCCAAGUCCUGGAAAGCGACGGAUGGAUACUGACGUGGUUAAACUUAUUGAAAGCAAACAUGAGGUGACCAUUCUUGGCGGCCUUAAUGAGUUUGUUGUGAAGUUCUAUGGACCAGCUGGAACCCCAUAUGAUGGAGGGGUGUGGAAUGUUAGAGUGGACCUUCCUGAGAAAUACCCAUUCAAGUCUCCCUCCAUUGGCUUCAUGAACAGAAUCUUCCAUCCAAAUAUUGAUGAAGUGUCUGGUACAGUGUGUCUGGAUGUUAUCAAUCAAGCUUGGACAGCACUUUAUGAUCUCUCCAACAUCUUUGAGUCAUUCUUGCCUCAAUUGUUGAGCUACCCCAACCCUAUCGACCCUCUCAACGGUGAUGCAGCUGCCAUGUACCUUCACAAACCAGAGGACUACAAGAAAAAAGUUACAGAGUAUGUGAAGAAAUAUGCGACAGAGGAGGCAAUCCGAGAACAGGAACACAAAGAGUCCUCCAGUGAGUCCUCCAUGAGUGAUUUCUCCGACGAUGAAGUUCAGAACAUGGAGCUUUAACACAAGCACCUCGUACCCACGCAGUCAGAGUCCUUCCAGCAGCUACCCGGGUGUUAAUGUUCAGUAGUGACAGCCUUUCUGAUAUUUGUUGUUUACGGCAUUACUGUGCACCGGCAUAACGGCUUCUGUAAUAUUAAAAGGGCACCUUUGACCUCUGCCAUACCCUCCUCAUAUACUUUUGUUUCAAUGUGCUCAAAUAUAAUGUUACCUUUAGUUUAACAGAUGCUUUGUAGCAGUCAAAAUUUUCAAGAUUUUUUUUAUCCUAACAGAUUUAAUUUAAGUUCUGUUAAAUGUGUUCAAAAGCUUAAUACUUGUUCUACUGAAAAUAAGUUAUAUAUCAUCCAAAAAGUCACAAUAUAAGUGCUCUUGAGGAAAAUAAGAUUACAUGAACAUGUUCAUUUGAAUGCUGUACAGUUUUCUUUCUGUAUGUGUCAUAUUUUUUAUAUCUUUUUGAUUUUGUGAAAUGUAUGCCGAUAACUGUAAAUUAACACUAAGUGAUGGCAAUGCUGGGGCCUGGUGGUGUCUGGGUACACUUGUCAUCUAGUUAAGUUUUUAUUUUAUUUCAUUACCCAUACGUUCAUGUGGUGAUUCUUGGGUACGACACUGUCACAGGCCCCCGUCAAAACAUUAGAACAUUGUGAACACUAGCCAUGUUAUAAACUUGUAGUCUUUCGUUUAAUGUUUUAUAUAUUACAUUGUGUUUUAUUGCGAUGUAUUUUAGCUGGCUAUCGCACGUGUGGGGCGACAUUAUGUACAUAUUACCUCCAAUGUGUUUGUGAUCGAUAGGUCACUAUAGCACUGUUUUGUUAUUGUAUUUUUUAUGAUUCUAAUGAUAUAAUAUAUACAUGUUAGCUUCCUAGAACAUGUCCCUCCUGGAUAGCUGCACCCUGCCAGUUGUAAUGAUGUCUUACUGAGUGUUUCUAUUCAAAACCUAUGUUCAAAGGAUAUUUAAAAAAAACAGCUGUCGAGAUAUAGAGAACUACCAAAAAAAACUUUUUCAUUUUCUUUUUUCAAAUUUAUUUACUUAGUUUUUAAUGCGCACCAUUGGAUAUGUACCAACAAUCUGUGCCCACCGCCAGUGUGGGAAAUCGGCUAGAAAUGAAGUUUUAAAUAUCUAACUUUUCUCACAAUUUUCUCCCUCUAUAUUAUCUAUUGUAAGGUAUUAUCUGCAUUAAAAUUUGGUGGUACUUUUGUGUAAGAGCUUCAUUAGUGGCCUCAGGAUGACUCUUUUAUAUGGUAGGGUGUAAGAGUUAUGUUUUGUUUAUGUGCUCCUGGUGAUCCGCAAUUUUGUGCUAUUUUUUGCAGAAGAACAUUGUUGAAGUACUUUAGUAUAUUGACUUUUGUUGUGGUCUAAUUUUACAAUUCGUUACGUAUGACUCACUAUUUAAAAUGAUAUUAACCGAAAUAGAACAAUUUUGUUAUUCUGAAUAGUAAAAUCUCAUAGAAAUGAAUGCCCUCACAUAUUCAGGAGAAUACGUUAGAAAACAUUCUUAUAAAUAAUAGUAGUCUUAUUCACUGUCACUACCGGUAACAUUUUUUUGGACACAUAUUGGUAUAUUGUGAAUGCUAACAAUCCCAUUUGCUUUCCCAUCUUCAACAAUUAAUGAUUGAUAAAACCUGUUCCACUUAUCCUGGUGUAUGUGUCUGUGAUACGAGUUGUGUUGGUAUUGCAUUAUUGCAUUUCCUGAUUUCAAAAAGAGCUACCGUUAUUUGUUAAAUUAACAUAGCAGCACUUGUGUAUUUUUCAUUCAUAUUCAGAUAUCAGAGUAUUGUAAAACAGCCUGUAAGUUCACCUUUCACUGAUAGAUCUGAGAUUCAAUCCCUACUCAGAGUGCUUGUAUCAAUCCCCGUCUAGGGUGAUUGUAUCUAUCGCCCCAUCUAGGGUAAUUGUAUCUAUCACCCCAUCUAGGGUAAUUGUAUUAUUCCUCAUCAGGGGGGCUUAUAUCAAUCCGAAUCCAGGUUAAUUGUUUCAGUCUCCAUUUAGGGGGCUUGUAUCAAUCCCCAUCUGUUAUUCUUGUAUCAAUCCCAUCAUUGGGUGCUUGUAUCAAUCCCCAUCCAGGAUGCUUGUAUCAAUCCCAUCAUUGGGUGCUUGUAUCAAUCCCCAUCUGUUAUUCUUGUAUCAAUCCCAUCAUUGGGUGCUUGUAUCAAUCCCCAUCCAGGAUGCUUGUAUCAAUCCCCAUCUGUUAUUCUUGUAUCAAUCCCAUCAUUGGGUGCUUGUAUCAAUCCCCAUCCAGGAUGCUUGUAUCAAUCCCCAUCUGUUAUUCUUGUAUCAAUCCCAUCAUUGGGUGCUUGUAUCAAUCCCCAUCCAGGAUGCUUGUAUCAAUCCCAUCAUUGGGUGCUUGUAUCAAUCCCCAUCCAGGAUGCUUGUAUCAAUCCCAUCAUUGGGUGCUUGUAUCAGUCCCCAUCCAGGAUGCUUGUAUCAGUCCCCAUCCAGGAUGCUUGUAUCAAUCCCAUCAUUGGGUGCUUGUAUCAGUCCCCAUCCAGGAUGCUUGUAUCAAUCCCCAUUUGUUGAAUAUAUGUAGUACAUCUGUUGUCUUAUUAGGAGAUGUUCAAGGUUGAUCACCAUGACAAUGAGAAGCCAUGAUAGGAAUCUUCACAACCAAUACACUAAUGAAAAGAUGUAAUCAUCUUUGACAAACAAAUGCUCUUGUUAACUUGGAUGUCAAUAGAGUCUUCUUUUUUUAACAAUUUUGAUGAUUAUAGAUGGCAAAGAUAAUCCCAGUCAAACCUCCGUCAGUUACGGAUGUCAGCGCUCCCUUACAAUUGAGCUAAAAAUUAAUAGGUGUGAACAACUUCAUAAAUCCUGGAGGAAGCUAAACAUUACAGAUGGCCAAACUUGCAUGAUCUUGUUUGAAACAGUGACUAGAAAAUGUCAAUAACUAAUCUAGCUAUUUUGCAUUAAAGUGCUGCUAUAGCAUAAGUGGACGAAUGAGUGGGAAUAUAGAUAGUGCAGUGCCAAUACAACUAGAUAUAAAUCCUUUUAUAUAAAGCUAUCCAGGGAAAGGGUUUGCAAAUAUUGCUUUUUAAUUUGUGCUUUUUGUCAGCAUGCAAGAGAUACAUGGUUACUUGAUGUGGAAUAUUUGUAGAAUCAUUCAGGGACCUUUGUGGAACAAGCAAAGGUUCUUUGUGGAUUAUUCGUGUGGUGUUUAGUGAUUAUCUUAUGAUAUUUUAUUAUGACGUGCAUGAGGUUUUUACUCACAUUGCGUACACAUGUUUUAAGUAGUUUUACAGCAUUUUUUAUUAGCAUUUUAAUGUUUUUGGCUUGAACGUAGAUGUGUGAAAGAAAUUGCCUUUCAUCCCAUUUCUGCUUAAUUAAUGGUGUUACAAGUGAAAUGUUUAUGCCAUCCAGACAUAUGUUAAAAACUAACACCAAAUAGAAGUUGUUUUUCUAGUUUUGUGACAAAUUUGUAUUCAAAGCCUAAUCUUUAUUAGUUAAAAACAUUGUCUGUGCAAGCAGUUCAGUACAGUGUUAGUAGAAUUGUGUUGUUGUUUUUUCAAUUUUCUUACUGUUUGUUAAUAACAAAUUUUGAGAUUACAAUUUUGGAUGGAUUUUUUUUUUAAAUUGAAAAUGAUUUGGUUUAAUUUCUAUUUUAUUUUUGUUUUUUAUAUUUGUUCAGAAAGAAUCAAUGAGUUUAUAAUAUAACACUUUCAGCUGCAUUGUAUUUUCUCCCCUUUGUCCAGUACACGUGCGUGAGGAAGAAUAUCAUUCCUGUGUAUUUUUUAGAUUGACUUUGUUUAUGAUAAUUAUUAUAUCUUUGUGAAGUUCUUUGUGACAAAAUGUUACAAACAUUGUGUAUUUACUUAUCAUUCAUUAACUGUUCUUGAUGUUUAGGUAGUAGUGUAAUUAAGUAUGCAAGGUUUAUAUAUUCAGAUUGAGUUUGAAUACAUGUGGCUUUGUCUAUAUCUGUAUGUAGUUGCUCGCCUGGUCUUGUACAUUUUUGCCAAACAUGUUAUAUAAAAAUUAUGCUAAAAAGCAAAAACAUAAAAAAAGUCAAUGGUAUAAUAUCAAAAGAUGUAUCUGUUUUCAUUUAUGUACAAGUGUUAAUAAUCUAUCGGGUUAUCCUUCGUUUUAAUUUGUUUUCUUGAUUAAAACUUUUAACAUGCAACAAUGUUUCAAAACUUUGAUGAUUACAAUGGUAUGAUAAAGACAGUAAUGGAUGCAUUACUAUUGACUGGUAGGAGCUUUGAAUUUCAAGUUUUAAAAAAGCUGUAAGCUCAUGGUUUUAAAUGAUUAAGUUUUGGAUUUGUAACCUUCAUAUGAUAUUAACAUACUUGUGGUGUUGUGCGAUGAUGCAAUUUGCGCUCAUUCACCCUCAUCUUUUUUAAAUUUAAUUUCAAAAGGGCUUGUUCUCAAGCUGUUUUCUUCGUUGGUUUAAAGAUUAGGAUUAAAAUUCAUUCCAUGGAAUGCCCUUUUUAGUUUGAAAUAAAGAAUAAUCUUAUUUUUAUUGACAACAGAAGAGCAAAAGAUACUUUGUUUAUAAUAAGACAAUACUACAUAGCAGUUUCCGAUUUCUUUACCUGCACUCAAGUGUGUAUGUGAGAUGUGCGAUUUUGUGUUUGUUAAGUUAAAUGAUUUAUUUCAUACAUCAACAAAUAUUAUGUUGGGUAUUAUUAGAUUGUACUGAUAUCUAAAGAUAAAUAAAUAUCUUAAAUCUGA